GCCAAGCCAGGCCCUGCGCUCCUGCUCUUUCCUUGGAGUGACUCCCCCAGCGAGCGGCCCCUUUCUGAGGCGCCUGUCUGCCGCUCCCUUCCUCCUCACAGAUCGAGCGCCACAAACCCCUCCCGUCGGCCUGUGCCUCUCCCGCUCGCUCCCGCGCCUCGGCGGCCCUGACCAAGAACGCGCACGUUGCCGCCACGGCUCUGCAGCUGCUUUGGCCCGGCUCGGCUCGCUCUACUGUCUCUGUUUCUUCCCGGUCUGUCUUAUCUGUUCGCCCGCCUGUGUGGAAGGAAGCCGGCCGCGGGGAGGGGCCCCAGCGCCCCGCAAGGCAUCUCUCCGAUCCUCGUUGAGCUCGCGCCUCACGGACCAACCGCCGCCUUCCCUCCCCCCCUCGCAGGGAAGAAGGCAGAAUUGUGGACCCUUCUUUCACAUCUCCCACCUCGCUAAUGCCUGGAGGGGAGAGUCAGGACGCCAGUUGACUGAACUAGAUCUGGAACCCCUUUUCUUUCUCCUCUCGAUGUCGAAAAUGAUGCAUCCUGUUGCCAGCGGUAACUCCCCUUUCUGUGGGUCUGGAAAGAGUUCCUGCCUUAAUGAUGACAACGUGACUCCCACUGAUCAGUUUGAUUUGUAUUCCGCACAACAAACCAAGUAUAGCCACACAGUCAGCCACAAGCCAAUACCAUGCCAGAGACAAGAUGCAUUAAAUGAACCACAUUUGCAGACCACAAGUGGCAGGAGUAUAGAGACGAAAGAUGAACUAAAGAAAAAGAAAAACCUCAACAGAUCUGGUAAACGUGGAAGACCUUCGGGGACCACAAAAUCAGCGGGGUACAGAACGAGCACAGGUAGACCGCUGGGAACCACCAAAGCAGCUGGAUUUAAGACAAGUCCAGGUAGACCCUUGGGUACAACUAAAGCUGCAGGAUACAAAGUCAGCCCAGGGAGACCUCCAGGUAGCAUUAAAGCUCUAUCACGGCUUGCAAAUCUAAGUUAUACUUGUAGCAGUGCAGCUUUUCCCUACGCUGUGGUGCAUAACAGAGGAGUGCAUGCUGCUGGUGAAACAAGUAGCAAAAUCAAGCAACCCGCUGAGUGAAAAAAAGAGGAAUUAGAUAACGUUUCCUUAGCAAUUCUUUUUAAAUUAUCUGAGUUGUGGCAUGUUUUUUCACUUCUUUUGUAACUUUUCCAUAACUUUCUUUCCUAUAUUUUAUUUUUUAAAAGAUGUCAUAUCAUAAUCACUUAAUGUUUCUUAUGUUUACAAAUGGACUCCUCAGCGAUGCCCUUGGCUGUUUCCAGAAAGUAAUUACUAAUAUUCUAAGUGUCAAAGGUUAUUGUCUGACCAUCUUAGUUAUGUGAUUAGUAAUUCAAAUAGCAGAAUUCUGGCUUCUAGGUUAUAUAUAUAGUCACAAUAAGACUUGGUCAAAAAGAAAUUGGAAUAAACUACUAGAAACCAAUCAUUCAGGACAGCUUUACCAGUAAUAGCUCUGUAAAAUUUGCAUUGUAUGUUUCUUUCUUUUUUUCUUUUCUUUUUAUUACUAGAAGGGAGUAGAAAAAUAACUUUUCCACAAUGGCUGGAACAUAACACAGACCUCAAUAUUUGUAGAUACUUUGAAAUUUCAAAACUAUAUUUUUUAAAAAGUGGUCAUUCCAGGCAGUCAUUGCGUUAAAGUGCUAUCACUUUCAAGUAACUCAAAAAUUUUUAAAAUAAUAAUUCAUGUGUAGCACCUGAUACAUAUUCAAAGUGCUAUUUUUCCAUUAAAGUAUGGUAGUUCUCCUGGAUAUGCUAACUGUUGAACACUGACUUACAAUUUAUAAAAGCCUAAGACUAAACAUACCAAAUCAAAAUGAAUUAAAUAUUUGAAAUGUUUUAUAAGUUAUCGUCUAAAAAGUGCUAUCAAAUAUGCAAAUAAUGUACAGGUGUAUUAAAAGUUAUGACUGAGAUCCUGCAUAUUUGUGUGCUCACAAAUCCAGUUCAUUUCAGUGACAUUUGGCAUGCACAAGUAUAAGUGGCAUUUGCCCUGUGUUCCAAAAUCUGUCAAUAAAUGUGUACAUUUUAAGUGAUUCUGCAAUAUCUGCAUAUAUGGCAGCAGUUUUUUACAAUUUCAAAUAUUUGGUGUGAUUGAAAAUUAUACCUUUCAGGUAGAUAAUCUUGUCGUGUUUAAUAAUUUUGCCAGUAGACGUCUUAUUUAUCACACAUACUGUAGCUAAGAGAGCGUAUAUCUACCAAAGGAUGACAUUUCAUGGAUCAUAAUUGGAAAUGAUACAGUUGAUAUACAAGCAAGUUGCAAUUUGAUGUGUUUAUAGACCCCCGAUAUAUAACAAACUAUUGGAAUAUAUCUAUGCAUGGAGAUGCAGAACUAUAAAAAAAUUGACAUUUUGUGCACCCAAAAUAAAUGUUCUGCAUAGAAUUGGGUAUGUAUUGUUAUUUUUUAAAUGUGUAUGUGUGUGAGAGAGUCAGUGUACAAUACACACAUUACAUUGUAACUGAAUAAACUCUCAAUAUUGAAUAUAUUCCAGAUAUUUCCUUAGAACUAAAGCUAUUCUGAAAAUAAGUUUACAUGUAGUUAUAGAUUAAAAUUUAAAAUUUGUAUCUUCAAAUACACGAGAGAGAGAGAGAGGUUAUAGAUAAGUAUUUGCAAAUUCAUGGGGACAUACUUUUUUCAGGUUAAUUAGAGAAAUGAAAAUGAACAGUAUUCUUUUUCUUUGUAAAAUAAAUAUUGUGGCCUGCUGACAUUUUGAUGACAACUCUGAUUUCGGUAAUGACAACUUAAGAAACGGAUGUCAUUUCAUGCCUUUUUUAUCAGGAAAAAAGCAGCAAGCCUUCAGGUGUUCCAGUGAUGCCUAACUCAUAAUGAGCUGGACUUUAUCCUGUAUUUUAUAAUAGGUGUGUUGAAUUGUUUUGGGGGGACUUUGUAUGCACUGGCAACCUUGAACCUCAACAAUACUGGAAGGCUCUUUAGUCAUGUAAACUAAUGGCAGGUAAACUGCUAGUAAAAUAGUUUUUUGCUGAUGCUACGAAGUCCAUUAUGUAUUUCCUCAAGAAACUUUGGAAUAUGAAGCUUUUACUAAUUUUUCCCACAGUGAUGCAACUUCUGACACACACAAUCCUAAUGUGAGCUAGUUCACCUUCAGGACAUAUAUUGUGUUGGCUGUUUUGUUAGAUCAUUUUUUUUCUAGCCAAAAGGCUGCUUCAGACCCUUUCUGAACUCUUUCUAGGAAAGCAGCUGAAUGUAAAACCUACAAGAAUGGCACACCUUACUGGCAAGGAACAAGUUGCAUGUCACCAGUGUACCUUUGAAUAACUCUACUUACCUCCUCCUGUUUUUAAGGCUACCCUUCUUUUAUUUUUCAUGUGUGCAUCUCCUCAGUGGUGUUGUGCAGUGUGUUAGGAGAUAAUGCAGAUGCAUUGUUGCUCUAGUAUAAUGAAUUUUGUAUUCACGUACACUGAGAAAAUAACUAAUAUAAGCAAUUUGUGUUCAUUUAUAGUGCUUAUUAAUUGUAUCAGAUGGAAAAUUCACCCAUUAAAAAUACUAAUAUUGUCGGUUGUUGGGGACCCCCCCCAAAAAAAACCACCCUCUUCCAUUUCUCUAAAAGGCAGUUUAAUGCCUGGAUUUGUUAAUGAGGCCAGAAGAACACUGUUGGGCAUUGCUUGAUUCCAGUUCAUUUUAUCCUCCACUGCGGUUUACAAGUGCCAUGCUGUGGGGGAAAACAGAGGUCGAGAACUUGAGAUGUUUGAAUGGUAUAUUCAAAUAUUUUUGCUACUCCUGUAUAUAAUCUUCAGAAUACAUUGUGCUUUUCUUUUUUUUGUAAUACUGUCUCUUGUCAUGACAAACACUGAAACAGCAUGUUAAUUCUUAUUCUUUGAUAUUAUUGGAGAGGGGGAGGAGGAAUGGCCCGUUCUCCUUGUAGUAUUAAUACAUGAUUUGUAAAGCAAAUUGAUAAUUUUAUAUUCUAUACAUUCUGCUCUUCAUAAGAUAGCAUUGUUGAUGUGUAUUGGCAAUGUUCAUAAAAUCUACAUGUCAGAAUUGUGUUCACUUUUCUUUUAGUUAAAUAUAGACCUUUUCAUCUUUUGAUAAAGCAGUUAGCAUAAUUAAGGAUUAAUAGAGAUCUAUAGUACAGACACUAUUUUAAACACGCAUUGAAAUUGCUGUUCACUUUCUGAUGAAAUUUACUUAAAACUGUAGAACCAAAUAAUUUUACUUCUAUUUUUGAAGUCUUGCACUGGAUAUUUUUAAAAUCUGGACACAUAUGUUGGUAGAAGUUUAAUUAGGGACUAACUAUUGUGAAGUUGGUGUUUUUUAAAGACAGGCAGUUUUCUUCAAUGCAUCCAGAUUCUUUCAUGUUUUGCGAGUAUUUAGGAUAAAAUGUCAUGAUUAGGACUCAUCUGGCAUUUCUGUUUUGCAGUGGUCCAUUUCAAUAAUGUCUUGAAAUUGCUUUUUGUCUUGGGACAAACCCAGACAAGUAAGGAUAAUGCAUAUGGGAUGAGAUAUUCCUUGAUCUACAGUGCAGAAGGGCAGUUAAUAUCAAAGCAUUAACUUUUACUUUUACUUUUGAAAGGCACAGUACAGUAGGGCCCCGCUUUCUGGUGUUCCGCUGAUGCGGCGGCUUUCAAUUAGGGGAAAUUCCCCGUUUUAAAGCCAAUUUUGUGGUUUUUCGGCAUUUUUCGGCAUUUUCGCACGAUGCAACUCAUUAUAGUCAAUGGGUUCCGCUUUACGGCGAUUUCCGCUUUACGGCGGGGGCCUGGUUCCUAACCCGCCGUAUAAGCGGGGCCCUACUGUAGUAGAUCUAACUUUACUGCUAUUUGCUAAGUUGUCAUUCCUUUUCUUGUUACUGUAUGUAUAGUGCAUCAAUCAACUUACAAAAUAUAAAACGGUUGCUUGUAAUCAACGUUUUUGGAUUCUACUUAUAGUCACGUUAUGCUUUUUUAUUAUACAUAUAUUUAAAAUAGUCCAAACAUUAUUAUACGUGUAAGAAAAUACUAGAGUGGCCUUCUCUUUUUUUCCAGAUAGAUAAAUCUAGGUUCUGCAAUGUGUAAUCUAUUUCAUCUUGAAAGUUAUAGGAAUUUUAUUAAAAAAAAUUCAGAAAGCUGUGCUUAAAUGGGCCAUUUUAAGAUUCUCAUCAUCCACAAUUUGCUUUUCUGAUGGGAUGGGUAUUUUGGUGGAAACAAUUGCUAAUUAAAUAUCACCCUGUCUUCUGCUGUAAAAAGUCUGAUUAGAUACUGUGUAUGUUCUUACGUCCAUGAACUUCAGCUACUCGUGUGCAAUUGUCUGUAUGGGAAUGGAGUAGUGUUCAUGAUCUGUAUUUACGUCAUCAUAUGGAUGUAUAUUUAUUAAUAAAGUAAUUGAUUUAA